GGCUGGCAGGCAGGAAGCAUCGCAGUGUUCAACACUAAUUAUCUCAUAUUUUAUAUUAUUAAAUAUAGUGAAACAUGAGAUCAGUGGCGUUAUCAACUGUCAUCGCCAUUUUGGCGGUAAACGUAUCUCUAGUCCUUGGCUGGGGCUACAGAGCCUCUGACCAGAGGCGCUGGGCAGUCCUGCACCCCGCGUGCGGUGGCCGUCAACAGUCACCCAUCGCCAUCGCCGCCCGCCAAGCUAUCCCCAUCUCAAUCCCUGCUAUGGAGCUCAUCGGAUACCAGAACCCACUGCCCGGACCUCUAACAACCACCAAUAACGGACAUUCAGUGGCGCUCACCAUCCCCAAAUACAGUUCAGAAGAAGAAAAGAAAGGCUUCCGUCUCCCGUACAUCUUCGGCGGUCCCUUAGACAAUGAGUACGAAAUUGAAGGCCUCCACUUCCACUGGGGAGACAAGAACAACCGUGGUUCUGAACACACCCUGAACGACAUGCGACUUCCCUUAGAAAUGCACAUCAUACACAGGAACAAAAAGUACAGGAACCUCGCCGAAGCGCUCCAGCACCCCGAUGGUCUCUGCGUACUUGCUUUCUUCUACCAGGUAGUUGAAUUCGACGCCAAGCUCCUGACGCCUAUCGUAAAGAACCUGUCAGCCAUCGAGAACUACAACACCAGCAUGCAGCUGCCCCACACCUUCUCCCUAUCGUCCAUCCUGUCCGGCCUCGACACUGAGAGGUUCUACACAUACAAAGGAUCCCUGACCACUCCCCCUUGCGCUGAAGCCGUCACAUGGGUUGUGUUCUCUGACUACCUGCCUAUUUCAGUGUUCCAGAUGGACAACUUCCGCGGCCUGCUCUCUAACCUGAACCUGCCUCUCGUGGACAACUUCAGGCAGCUUCAACCACUAUUCGGCCGGCGUAUAUUCGUUCGUAUCACAUCAAAGAAUCCUAAGUUCAAGAAAACCAAGCUUCACUACUCCAAAUGGGACUGGGUUGGCCACAAGAAGGCCGAAAAUGACGUAGCCGAGUUCGACGAAUAAAGAACUGAUGUCACAAUGAUCUGUCUCAACUCUUAACUAAUAAAUCACCGAUGUUUUCAUUACGGGUAUGUAUAGCUCAUCUUAAUUGAUACCAAAUACUGGGUAAUUGUUACCGACAUUAUUGUUUUUUUUUUAUAUAAUUAUGGUUGUGUGCACUGUAUAAUGUAUAUUUGUGUGAAAAGAAGUAUUAUAGUGUAAGCUUGUUAAUAAUCUUUAAAAAUAAACAUUAAAAUUUA